AUGGCCAGGCUAGUAGUGGAGGAUAGCGACGACGAGUUUCCGGAUUUGGCAGAGAUCUUGAGUCGCAAGACGGAGGUCCGGAUCCCCAAACCAGAGUCGCGUACGAAGAAAACAGUGAACACCGAUGGCGAGUCUCCGAGCAAGAGAACGGACAGCAGACUCAAGGCAAAGUGGGCAGAUGAGUUAGCAGCAGGGAAACCUAGGCCCAGGAAGCGGAUCCUGAAUCCGACGUCUGAUAACCCGCUAUUACGUCCGAUUGCGAACUUGAGCAGGGGAUCUUCUGAAUCCUCGGGGAGCUCAAAAUCAAAGCUCCACAUUUCACCAGAGAGAUCAGCCAGGAGGCGGGUUGUAGCUCCUCGGCCAUUAGCAGUCCUGGAUGCCGAAGCUGUCCCAGAGAACGAUGACUCUGAACCUGAAAAGAGAGCUCAGAAAAAAGACCUAAGGAAGCGGACUACGACUCCGAAUUUCCAGCAAUCAUCUGUUUCGGAGCCAGUGAGCGUCGCGGGAAAACAUGUGGUUGAGCCCAGAGAAGAGCCUCAGAGCAUGGAGGCCAAGGAAGAGAAGGCAAAGGCUCCCAGCAAGCAGACGGUCAUUGAUUCCGAUUCCGAUGACGAGGAGUUCGAAGGAGCUUCUGGGCUAUCGGAUUUCAUUGUUGAUGACAGCACUUUUCUGGAUGAAGAGUCUAUCAUCCUGCCACCUCCUAGGUCUUCCCGGAAGCUUGUACGAGGAAGAGGGCGGCCGAGAGAACUCGAGGACUCUGAUUCGGAGGACUUGGGUCGUGAGAUGGCCAGGCUUAGGGUGGAUGAUGAUGUGUUCCAGGUUUCGAAGAAGCGAGCAGAGGAGAAAUUUCUGGAAGAGUUUGCAAACGAUUACCGCGAGAAAGAACCAGCUCUUCGUCUGAGAGGGCCCAAGACAAAUUCCAGGACAAAGAAAGAUCCGCCGAGAAUAAAAGCGAGAGUGUCGACUUCUGAUCUUGAAGAUCCCUUUGCCCUCAGAUACUCGCCAGUAAAAAGCCAGUCCAUGAAGACAUCCGAGGAAGCACCGUUUAUGACACCACCAGGAAGUCCUGUCCUCCAGCCGAGAAAACUCCAGUCCCCCAAGAAAGAGCUUCUCCGUAUCCCAGCAACGCCACAUCGUCAAAGCACGGACAACUUCUGGAAGCAGGAUGUGGUCAAUGACUGGAAUGACGAGUACUCUCCUCUGAAAGUCCUCCAACCAAAGCCGAAUCCUCUGCCAAAGGAACAUCCGUAUCCUAAAAAAAGCCCCGGGAAGCUUGACCGGGAAGCGAAAGAAGCUAAGAAAGCAUUCUCUCAAACGAAGCAUGCACUUGCUGAUUCCUUUCUGACCGAGCUCGACGCCAAAAUUACCAACGGCGAGAUUGCUAGACUUGCUGCUUCGACCGGGGGCGUGAAGAUCAUCUGGAGCAAGAAACUCAACACUACCGCCGGCCGAGCGAACUGGAAACGCGAGACGGUCAAGCCCGCACCUGGCUCCACUGAUGUAAAGUUGAUACAUCGACAUCAUGCUACUAUUGAGCUGGCCGAGAAGGUCAUUGAUGACGAAGGGCGUCUGCUAAACGUCCUUGCACAUGAAUUCUGCCACCUGGCAAACUUCAUGGUCAGUGGUAUCAAGACCAAUCCUCACGGCAAGGAGUUCAAAGCCUGGGCAGCGAAGUGCUCCCGGCAUUUUGGUGACAGAGGGAUCGAGGUUACGACCAAGCACAGUUACUCGAUCGACUACAAGUAUGUGUGGGAAUGCGUGAACUGCAGUACGGAGUUCAAGAGGCACAGCAAGAGUAUUGACCCGUCGAGACACAAGUGCGGGAGUUGUAGGAGUAAACUGGUGCAAACCAAGCCCGUGCCGAGGGCGAAUGCUGGGACAUCGAAGGUCAGCGAGUACCAGUUGUUCGUGAAGGAGAAUAUGAAGAGCUUGAGGGAGGAGAACCCAGGUAGUCCUCAAAAAGAGAUCAUGGGUCUGGUAGGAAAGAGAUACCAAGCCUUCAAGGCGUCGAAGCAUCAGCUGGGAGGUGAUGCGCGGCUAGAGAGUGUUGAUAUUGAGGAUGAUGUUAGGACUAAGGAGGGGACUCUGGAUGAUGAUACCCGGCUUGUCGUGAGGAAGCUUGACUUUCUAGACCUGACGAGUCCAUGA